GGUCCCUGAAAAAACGUCUAAAGGGGCGGAAACGAUGCUAAAAACAUUAGCGACUCUCGGGCUUUUGUGUGAGAGUUUUGACGCGAAUUUUGUAAAAGACACGGAUUAAAAUCGAGCUAUUGGACACUCGGACAUCGCUUCACACCGCGUGUGGAGAAAGUAAACCAGCUACACGCGUUAAUUACCAAGUGUUCGGGUGGUUCGUUAGCCAACAAGCUAGCUAGCUGUUUGGAUCUCCAAGUGCAGGUCAUCCAAAAUGGAUGACAGUAAGAUGGUUGGUGGAAAGGUGAAGAAACCAGGCAAGCGUGGCCGAAAGCCAGCUAAGAUCGACCUGAAGGCGAAGCUGGAACGCAGCAGACAGAGCGCGCGGGAAUGUCGAGCCCGGAAGAAGCUGCGCUAUCAGUACCUGGAGGAGCUGGUGUCCAGCAAAGAGAGAGCCAUCUGUGCCCUGAGAGAAGAACUAGAGAUGUACAAGCAGUGGUGUAUUGCCAUGGACCAGGGAAAAAUCCCGUCGGAAAUCAAAGCUCUUCUUACAGGAGACGAUCAGAAAGGCUCCCAGAGCAGCAGCACCACCAAAACCCCCAAAAACGGCAAAUACAACUCAUCAGGCAUCAGCCAGAGCAAGUCCACUUAGGUUCCAGUUUAAAGGCUUGUCUUUAAAGACAGUCCCGGCUGGCUGCGGGCGUGGAGGGGGUGAUUAAUGUAGAGCUACGUAGACUGGUAUAUAUGAAGGAUGAAGGAGCAGAGCAGCAGUCGCAGUACAAACAGGGGGUCAUUGGGCGUUUUGUCGGAGGAAUCUGGGUAACGAACACUAAAUCUCUUCAACUCUCCACAGUAUUCUCCUCUGGUUAACAAACAUCAUUUUGGCAAACGUUUUCAUUUUCACACCGUCUCAGAUUCAAAAGGUUUGAGGGGUGAAAUGUGAAGCAGGUCAGAAAGCGAACAGGGUGAGAGAAGGCACAGAUGUGAAGCGUCGCAGGACAGACGAGAGACACGCACACGUCAGGUGUGGCCAGAACUAUUACGCUCUAAGCACUUUAACGAAUUUUUGAAGAUUUUUGCAUAGCACUGGGUUGAAGCUCUUCUUCAUUCUUGUUGAUUUCGUGAAGCCAAGUUACGGAAUGAUGUUUUCAUUUCUUACGUAUUUAUUUCCUACUGAAACGUAACGCACUUUCCUUUUCGUCCCUCCACAAGCGUAACGUGUGGAUAUUUUAGUUACUAUAAAGCCUCUGAUCUGUCUUCUGUCUGUAUGUAUGUGUAUACCAUCAGAUACUCUGUCUGUAUUGCAUUAACACCUUCACUUACAUUUCCUCUCUCUCUCUAUCUCUCUGUCUCUCUCUGUUACAGUCUGCAUUCAAUAUAAGUGUGUAUGUAAGAAUUUCAGAAUAAGUUCUCAUUAGGAUCCCGGGGAAUCAUUUUUCAUAACUUGGUGAUCUUAAUCAUGUCCAUUAACUGAACAGAUGUUUUUUAUUUUAUACAGAUGCACAUAUUCCACCCAGAUCAUACAGAAAGAAAGCUCGUAAUUAAUAAAUGAACUCCAAAACCAAACCCGAGGUUUGUUUUUUAAAGAAACAGUAGAUCAGAUGUGUUGAUUAAAAGUACACCAUGAAUCAUUUGAAUCGAUCGUUUAUGUGAACAACACAAACAAAUCGAACAUUAAUGCGCUGAUCGGAUCGAUCGUGACGUUCUGUGGAACAGUGACCCGUUUGUGUUUCCCCAUUUUCCUGCCUGUCCAUUUCCAUUAAUGUCAUUAUUUUGCACAGAAAUA